UAGAAACGCGUGCAAGAAAGGAAAGGUUUUCCCGCCGCCUGAAUAUUCAGCCCUCGAGCUCAAGUCUCUACUUCAAAGAGUUGAGGCGCUGUCUGGUACUAAUUCAUGGUCAAUCUGUAUGCUAUUAAGUAGGUUGAUAGCUACUUUGUGAUGCUCAUGUCAUCUCCAUUAUGACCAGUGACUUGCCAAUAUCCAAAGUACUUGUGUCAGGAUCGCUGCCUCUGUCACAUAUCGACAUUACUACUAGGAGAAAGAACGUACUACUCGUUAGAUCAAAGGUAGAUCAAAGUCUGAAGACCGGGUGCCGAAUAACGCCACAGUAUCCUCGGAACUUAUCGACCUACCACGAUGUUUAGAAGCGCAACUGUGAAGAUGGCCCAUAGUUCGACGAUCCCUGUUCCUGCGCUGAUGGUAAAUGAGGAGCGUAGGCCUCUGCAAGAUUUAAUUGCAGCAGAGAAGACGUUACUUGCUUCACUACAAAGAUUGAGCUCGGACUUUUCGAAAGCUGCUGAUGCCAUGAGGACAUGGGCAAUUUCUGAAGGAGACGACCUUUCUGAUAUACUGAAUUCAUCCAGAACACUCCUGGCGCACUUCUCUGGGGCGCUCAACCGCUACAGCUCUAUUCAAAAGAUCGUUCGAGACAACAUGAAGGCCGUGCGUACGCGUGAAGAAUCCCUUGAUGAACUUCAAAGACGCCGGCGGCGUACUGCAGCCUCGGUAGAGAGCAUCAAGAAAAAGCUCACUCGGACGAACCAGGAGACCAAGGCAUUCGGUGCACAGAUGGACGCACUGAACACUUCAUGCGAAGACAUGCGACAUUUGGAUGCAAAAAUCGCUCACGAACGAUCGAUGAUCGUCGUUUUCAAACGUAAAUGCACAAAAAACUGGCUGACACUAAAGUUUGGAGGUCUUGCGGAGUUCUGUGAGACCGGCAUGAUUGUAGGGGAGAUCGGGAAGCGAAUGAUAGUCGAACUUUCGGAGUCACCCAAACAUCCAUAUGUAGGGCACAAGCACAUGAACUCGUUACUAUCUGAAGCCCAGCAUCACAUCAUGCAAGUCGUAUUUUCUGGAACGCCAUCUGGUUACGAGACGCACGAAACUCCGCGCUCACCGAUUUCCCGAAGCCGUCCGAAUUGCUUCAAAGACCUUCCAGAGAUUCGUGACGAGCCCUUUGCCGUCGAUUAUCUCCCGUCCAACAGCAAUCGAUUCUCAAUUGGCAAUGAUAUGAUGCCAGCUGUGCACGUGCUUUCUGAAAUUGGCCCGUCGACAACUUCCACACCAGAUUACGACUAUCAGGCAGAGUUAUCUCCGCUAUCUUCUGAGCUAUCUUCAGCUCUGUCUAGCCGUAGAAGGACAACAGGGAAUUCUGGCAAUAGAAGCUACUCCACUUUGGCGCGGAGUAGAUCUGCUGGCUUUAGACUUGAUAGCAUCGCGGAAGGUGAUGAGCCAUUACCUUCACCUAUAUCCAGUGAUAUCGGAGACACACGGUCUUAUCUGAACCCGAUCAAACUGCGUACAUCGAGUCUACACACCACUUCAUCAUCGAGCGGUGGUAAUUACGAAGAAAUAUCAACUGGGCAGUGCCUGCCUUGUUCAAGUCCAUGAGUUUGAGUGAAAUGCUCGUAUUCGUAAUACGUAUCAUGCCAGUAUGCAAUUUCAUGAGUUACUGAGUUAGAUACUUUCGCAAAUCUUUGCGUCAGUCUUCACGUUACAUAAGUAUGGUAAACGUUGACUUGAUCCUUCGUCGGCGAAAGGAAAUAUUUUAGUAUUUGACUGGCACCCUUGCCAGCCGGAGGUCGUCACGCACGCGGUACUAUGUAGGCACAUGACCGGGAUCCGGGACGCCACUGCCGAUCGUUCAGGAUUUAC